GCCGCCGCCGAGCUGUGCCCGCCGGGACAACGCCUCUACCUGCAGCUGCACGGAGACCUGGUCAGGCGGCUGGAGCCCACAGAGAAGCCCCUGCAGAUCGUGUACGAGUACCUGGCCAGCCUUGGGUUCGAAGAUCCCUUGAGGAUACAGGAGGAGGCAGCAAACGCAGACCUCAGCUGCAUGAUCCGUUUUUACAGUGAAAAGCCAUGUCAGGUGGAGCAGCUGGACCGGAUCCUGCUCUCGGGCAUCUACAGUGUGCGCAAGGGAAGGACCCAGCUGCACAAGUGGGCAGAGCGCCUGGUCAUCCUCUGUGGCACCUGCCUCAUCGUGUCCUCCGUGAAAGACAGCCACACGGGGAAGAUGCACAUUCUGCCGCUGGUGGGAGGGAAGGUGGAGGAGGUGAAGCGCCGGCAGCACUCGCUUGCUUUCAGCUCCGUGGGGGCACAAGCGCAAACUUUCCACGUCUGCUUCAACACACCCGCAGAGUGCCAGCGCUGGCUCCGGCAGGCUUCUACGGUUGUGUCUCAGCGCCUGAGCACUGUGGACCUCUCAUGUUACAGCCUGGAGGAGGUCCCUGAGCAUCUCUUCUACAGCCAAGACAUCACCUACCUCAACUUGCGACACAACUUCAUGCACCUGAGUGGCUCGGGGGGGCUGGACUCGCUCUGCAGGUUUUCUCAACUGAGGGGCCUGAACCUGUCUCAGAACCAGCUGGGGGAGUUUCCCACAUCGCUGUGCGAGAUCCCCACGCUGACCGAGCUCAACCUGUCCUGCAAUGGGCUCCAUGACCUGCCCAGCCAGGUCGGCAAGCUGCUGAAUCUUCAGACCUUUGCUCUCGAUGGGAAUUGCCUCACGACCCUGCCAGAUGAGCUUGGAUGCCUGCAGCAGCUCAGCUCCCUGGGACUCUCCUUCAAUGACUUCCACGAUCUGCCAGCCGUCUGUGAGAAACUCCUCGCCUUGGACAAGCUGGCCAUGGCGGGGAACCAGCUGGGGACCCUGGACUUGGGUGCACUGAACAGAAUGAGCCACAUCAAGCAUGUGGAUCUGAGACUGAACCAGCUGAAGGGGGCAUCUGCUGACAGCCUGGAGGGGAACAAGUCUGUGACCCACUUGGAUGUGCGGGACAACCAGUUGGCAGAGCUGGACCUGAGCACCCUGGGCAGCCUGGAGCAGCUGCACUGCGAGCGGAACCGUCUUCAGGAGCUGACGCUGAGCGGCUUCUCCCUGCGGGCCCUCUACGCCAGCCACAACCGUCUGACCGCAGUCAGUGUUUACCCAGUGCCAGGCCAGCUGACCUGCCUCGAGCUCUCCUGGAACCAGUUGCAGUGUGUCCCUGACUGGGCCUGUGAAGCAAAGAAGCUGGAGGUGUUGGACCUGAGCUUCAAUCUCCUCACAGAGCUGCCGUCAAGACUCCUGAGCAGCCUGAGCCUGAGGAAGCUGAUGGCCAGACACAACCAGCUGCAGAGCCUGCCACCGCUGCUGGAACACGUUCCCCUGGAGGUGCUGGACCUCCAGCACAACCUGCUGGCCAGGCUCCCUGACAGGCUCUUCUACAAGGCACUGAAUCUCAGGUACCUGAACGUGUCGGCCAACAGCCUGGAGUCCCUGCCCUCGGCCAGCACAGGCGAGGAGAGCCUGAGCCUGCUGCAGCUGCUGUACCUGACUAACAACAGCCUCACGGAUCAGUGCAUCCCUGUCCUGGUGGGGCACCCGAACCUGCGGAUCCUGCAUCUGGCCUACAACCAGCUGCACACCUUCCCCGCCAGCAAACUGAGCAAGCUGGAGCAGCUGGAAGAGCUGAACCUGAGUGGUAACAAGCUGAAGACGAUUCCCACAACGAUUGCAAACUGCAAGCGGCUGCACACACUCCUCGCCCACUCAAAUGAGAUCAGCAUUUUCCCAGAGAUCCUACAGCUGCCCCUCAUUCAGUUUGUGGACUUGAGCUGUAACGAGCUGACAGAGAUCCUGAUCCCAGAGGCGCUGCCGGCUGCGUUGCAGGAGCUGGACCUGACUGGGAACACAAACCUGGUGCUGGAGCACAAGACCUUGGACAUCUUCAGCCACAUCGCCACCCUGAAGAUCGACACCAAGCCCGGGCUCACAGCUGACGCUGCGCUCGCCUCCCCCUUCUGGAGCCAUGGGCUGGCUGAGAUGGCCGGGCAGCGGAACAAGCUGUGUGUGGCGUCCCUAGCGCUGGGGAGCUUUGCCGAGGGCACGGAGGCCAUAUACGGCAUGUUCGACGGCGACCGCAAUGAGGAGCUACCGCGCCUGCUGCAAUGCACCAUGGCAGACGUGCUGCUGGAGGAGCUGCAGCAGUCCAACACGGACACGGUCUUCAUGACCAGCACCUUCCUGGUCUCCCACAGGAAGCUGGGGGUGGCCGGCCAGAAGCUGGGCUCCUCCGCCGUCCUGUGCUACAUCCGGCAUGACACCGCCGACCCAGGCAGCGGCUUCACACUGACAGUGGCCAACGUGGGGACGUGCCAGGCCGUCCUGUGCCGUGGUGGGAAGCCACUGGUACUCUCCAAAGUCUUCAGCCUGGAGCAGUGCCCCGAGGAGACGCGGAGGGUGCAGGAGCAGAAAGCCAUCAUCACUGAGGACAACAAGGUGAAUGGCGUGACCUGCUGCACCCGCCUGCUGGGCUGCACCUACCUGCACCCCUGGAUCCUGCCCCGGCCUCACGUGUUCUCCGUGCCGCUGAGCGUGCAGGACGAGCUGCUGCUGCUGGGGAACAGGGCGCUCUGGGAGCACCUCUCCCCCGUGGAGGCCGUGGGCGCUGUGCGCCACCUGCACGACCCGCUGGCUGCUGCCAAGAAGCUCUGCACUUUAGCCCAAAGCUACGGCUGCCAGGACAACGUGGGCGCAGUCGUGGUGUGCUUGAACAUCGGUGAAGACAACUGCACCUGUGAGGGGCAGGGCCUUGCUCUGCCGGGGCCGGGCGGCUUCCUGCCCCCGGCCAAGCCAGCCACACCCUCCUCCAGCAGUGGCAUCGCCUCCGAGUUCAGCAGCGAGCUGUCAGCCUCUGAGGUCAGCAGCGAGGUGGGCUCCACAGCCUCCGACGAGCCCAGCGCAGCUGCCCUGGACGCCGGCCUCCUGCCUCGGCCCGAGCGGCGCUGCAGCCUGCACCCUCUGCCUCCGCCCCCGCCCAGCAUUUUCCAGCGCCAGCCAUCCUGCGCCACCUUCUCCAGCAACCAGUCCGACAACGGGCUGGACAGUGAUGAUGAGCAGCCGGUGGAGGGCGUCAUGACCAACGGCAGUCGCCUGGAGGUGGAGGUGGACAUCCACUGCUGCCGGAGCCAUGGCCCAGAGCCUGCCCUGCCGCAGGCCGAGGACGGGGGCCCCAAGGACGAUGCCAGUGGCCUCGUUCUCCAUAUCUGGAGGCAAAACAGUUCUGGCAGCAGCCUCCUGCCUGCCGUGGCCCGGGAGAGGGGGGGCGAGCUGCAGAAGUCACCCUCCACGUGCUGCCUCUACGGGAAGAAGCUGUCCAACGGCUCCGUCGUGCCCCUGGAGGAGAGCCUCAACCUCAUUGAGGUUGCCAUGGAGGCGCCCAAGAAGAAGACGGGCUAUUUUGCUGCCCCCACCCAGUUGGAGCCUGAGGACCAGCUGGCAGUGCCACCACAUCUGGAAGAGGAGGUGAAGGAGCAGAUGAAGCAGCACCGGGAGAGCAGGGCAGAGCCGGCAGCUGGCGAGAAGGCCGUGGCCACCCCAGAGGAGUUCGACACGGCUCUGUGACCCUGCAGGGUGGCUCGCGUCUGUCCCAGCAGCACUGGAGCCAGGGUCCGUAGGGAGAGUACAGGCAUCAGCUCCCUCCCUGCUGGAGCCAACAGCAGGCCUGGAGCUGUGCUCCCCGGCUACCUGCUCCAAUGGGGGAGUCCCAGCCACUCCAAGAGCCCGUGGUCCCCACCCAGCUGGUGUGGGCAAGGCUGGUGGCUCUGCACUGGUGCCCCUUCUGUUAGGCUCGUCCCUCUUGGGCUCGUCAGCUCUGCCAGGUGCCGGGCAGGCAGAUGGGGUGAGGGGGCCACAGCGGUGCUUGCGGAGCCCCGCAAAGCGCCCCUGCCCCAGCGGAGCUCGGCAGGGCCUGGCUGGGCGCCGACUCCCACACGCAUUGCAAGCACUUUCAUGGACUGCACUCGAGCCAGCCUGCUCCCGCCUGCCCAGCACUUUACUCCUGGGGCAGGGGGAGGGGCGCCGCGGUACGCGGGAUCGCCAGCGGGUAUUGUUUGGCACUGCGGGACGGGGCCUCUGUGCCCCUGGCAGGCACAGCCGUGGGCACUAGGGCACCUUGGUAGGGGGUCAGCCAGGGCAGGGGGGGAAUGGGGGAGCUCCUUCCCCUUGGGAUGGGUGGGGGUGGGGGUAGGGAAACGGUGCAGCUCUUGGGGCCAAGAGAGGUUGGGGAGGGGUUUGGCCAUCUCCAGGAGAGGCACAACUGUGGGCAGUGCGCGGGGCUGGGGUACGAGUACAGGGCACAGCACUGCAGCAGGAGCAGCCCCUUGCGGGCACAGCCUGCGCUUUCCCAUGUGCGGGCCUGGACCGGGAGGCACCAAGGCUGACGGCAUCACCUCCAUCCCUGGCAGCAGCGAGGUCAGGGCUGCCCAUGGCCUGGAGGGAGCUGCAAGAUGCAAGCAUCUGCUGACUCCAGCUCCAGGUCCGGCACAUGCCCGUGCUGGGAAAUCACUAGCGGCAGAUGCAGGUGGCUCUGGUCCAGGGCAUGCUGACUUGCCGCACGGCAUCUCCUAGCACUGCUCCUGCAGCCAAACCAGAAACAGCCUCCAGGCUGCACCCCGGGUGGAUCUGCCCCUGCCUCAGCACCUGCAGUUGGUGCUCUGGGCUGGGGGAGCUCUGAGGGGCAAGACAGCCCUGGAGCCUCGCCGCACCCGUCCCGGGCAGGGUAGGACCCCCAGAAUUUAUUCGUUCUGUUUUGGAGAAAGUCUGAGAGACUUUUUUCCCAAAGCCUUUCUACAGGUUUGGGGUGAGGUUUCCUUGUCAAACCCAGGUCCAGUCUGAGCUGGG